AUGUCAACAGAAAAGCCCCGGUCGUCGACCUCGAUGUCGCCUGACGAUGCCGUCCUUGCACCAGCGGCCCCAGCCGAAGCCGUGGACACGCGACAGCCGGCGCCGUUCGUUCCUCCCGAUGGUGGUACCCGCGCGUGGAUGACUGUGGCCGGCGGUUGGCUCUGCCAGUUUUGCUCCUUUGGCUUCAUCAAUGCUCUCGGUUCAUUCCAAUUUGUCUACGAAAAGGAGAUCCUGCCUAAUGAGUCAUCAUCCAACAUCACCUGGAUUUUGACCAUGCAGUUGUUCUUGAUGUUCUUCCUCUCCCAGCCAGUUGGGAUGGGCGUUGACAUGUUUGGUGUGCGGGCCAUCCUCAUCCCCGCCGCCAUCUUCUCCGUGGGUGGUCUUAUCGCCCUCUCCUUUGCCACCGAAUACUGGCAGAUCUUUCUGGCUCAGUCCUUGUGCUUCGGUCUGGGUGCAGCGGGGACUUUUAUCCCGGGUCUGGUCGCCGCCGGCCAGUACUUCAAGAAGAAAAGGGCUCUCGUCAUGGGUAUUGUUGCGAGCGGCAGUUCGUGCGGUGGUGUCGUCUUCCCCAUCAUGCUUGCCCGCCUCUUCGAUCAGAUCGGCUUCCGUCAGACCUUGCGGUACACAGCCCUCAUGAUUGGAAUCAUGCUUGCCAUCGCCAACCUUCUCGUCACCAGCCCCCUCCAGCCCAAGGGCCUAGCAGGGCGUAAAUCCCUAAUCAGCUUCGCAACUUUCAAGAAGCCAGCCUACCUUCUCUUUGUCUCUGGCAGCUUCCUCUUCUUCUGGGGUCUCUUUGGCCCGUUCGACUACCUGCCGAUCUUUGCGUCCAUGAACCCGAAGACCGAGCAUAUUGCGCUUUACACCGUCGCGAUUCUCAACGCCGCCUCGAUCCCCGGCCGCAUCCUGCCCAACAUGUACUCGGACAAGGUUGGGUCCUCUCUGCGGGUCAUCGCGCUGUGCGCGUUCCUCUCGGCUGUCAUGGUGCUGGCCAUCUGGCUGCCCAUCAACUACCACAACUCGCUCGGCGGGCUCGUUGUUUUCGUAGUCCUGUUCGGCUUCGUGUCGGGCGCCUUCGUGUCGCUCAUGUCGCCCGCACUGAUCGAGGUUGCCGGCGGCCACACGCACGACCUGGGCGUCAUGCUCGGAACAUUCUUUGCCAUUGUCGCCGUCGCCAGUCUGACGGGCCUGCCUGCCCAGGGAGCCAUUGCCGACGGUGGUGACAAUCUCGUGGGGCUGAUCAUCUUCUGCGGCGCCGUCAUGCUGGCCGGGACGGCCCUGGUUGCCUGCGCUGCCUUUGUAUGUGACAGGGAGAAGAAGAGGAAGGCUGCCGAGGCGGAGCAGUAA